AGGAGCGGUUGGUGCCGCGCGGGGCAGGCGGAGCCGGCGGCAGGGAGGGGUCCCGGCCGCCACCCACCCCGCACCGGACAGCUGCCCCUCCACGCUUCCCGCCGGACGCGGCUGCGGGCAGAGGAUCUCGAGCAGCAGGAUGGAAGAACUCUAAUUGACAGAGAGACAGACAACAGGCCCUUUCAGCAUGGAGACGACUCCAGUUGAUGGGGAAUUUGAUAGAAAUUCACAACAUGGUGAGAACAGAGAUUCUCAUGGACCAUCAACAGUGGUAACAAACAGCGAUGAAUCACAGCUUGUAACUCCAGGAAAAAUGAACCAGCAACAGGGGAAAGAAGCCUAUUUUACUCCAACCAAAGAGUUACUCCAGCCGUGUCUGAGCCCAGGAACUGCCCAUAGCCAUGGUUUUGACAGAGGGAAGGAUGAUGUGUCACAAAGUAAAGAGGAUGCAGCAUAUUCUAUGUCAAAAAGUAAGUCUGAAUCCAAGCUUUUCAAUGGCUCUGAGAAGGACAUCUCUUCACCUUCAAGCAAGCUCACAAAAAAAGAAUCUCUCAAGGUUCAAAAGAAAAAUUACAGAGAAGAAAAGAAGAGAGCCACAAAAGAGUUACUUAGCACGAUCACAGACCCAUCAGUUAUUGUUAUGGCUGACUGGCUGAAGAUUCGUGGUACCUUGAAAAGCUGGACCAAACUGUGGUGUGUACUGAAACCAGGAGUGUUGCUUAUUUACAAAACCCCCAAAAAUGGCCAGUGGGUAGGAACAGUGCUCCUGAAUGCUUGUGAACUCAUCGAGAGGCCUUCUAAAAAAGAUGGCUUUUGUUUCAAACUUUUUCAUCCUUUGGAGCAGUCCAUAUGGGCUAUAAAGGGUCCCAAAGGUGAAGCAGUUGGUUCUAUAACUCAGCCAUUGCCCAGCAGUUAUUUGAUCAUCCGAGCCGCUUCAGAAUCAGAUGGCAGGUGUUGGAUGGAUGCUUUGGAGCUGGCACUCAAAUGUUCAAGUCUGCUUAAACGUACAAUGAUUAGGGAAGGUAAAGAACAUGAUUUGAACUCUUCAGCAGACAGUAGUCAUGUCUCUUUCUAUGGUCUGCUUCGUGCCAACAACAUGCACAGUGGAGAAAACCUACCGCUAAAUGACAGUGAAGUUGAAAGGCAUCACUUUAAAGAUCAAGAUACGUACUCUGACAAAUCUGAUAAAGAAAAUGACCAUGACCACGAGGAGUCUGAUAAUGAAGGAUUGGGGAAAAGCGAAGAAAGCGACAGCGACACAUCAGAGCGACAGGAUGAUUCUUUCGUUGAUCCAGAACCAAUUGAUAUCAAGGAAACUACUUACUUAGAACAGAGUCAUGAAGAACUUGGGGAGGCAGGAGAGGCUGCUCAGACAGAAGUAGUGUCAGAAGAAAAUAAAAGUUUGAUCUGGACACUAUUAAAGCAAGUUCGGCCAGGAAUGGAUUUGUCCAAGGUUGUACUGCCUACAUUUAUCUUGGAACCUCGCUCUUUCCUGGACAAGCUGUCUGAUUACUACUACCAUGCAGACUUUUUGUCUGAAGCUGCUCUUGAAGAGAAUGCUUACAACCGCAUGAAAAAAGUAGUGAAGUGGUAUUUGUCAGGAUUCUACAAAAAGCCAAAGGGACUAAAAAAGCCGUACAAUCCUAUACUUGGAGAGACUUUCCGCUGCAUGUGGAUUCAUCCAAGGACAAAUAGCAAGACUUUUUAUAUUGCAGAACAGGUAUCACAUCACCCUCCAAUAUCUGCCUUCUAUGUUAGCAACCGCAAGGAUGGUUUUUGCCUUAGUGGUAGCAUUCUGGCCAAAUCAAAGUUCUAUGGGAAUUCAUUAUCUGCCAUACUAGAUGGAGAAGGACGGCUAACAUUUUUAAAUAGGGGAGAAGAUUACGUAAUGACAAUGCCAUAUGCUCAUUGCAAAGGAAUUCUUUAUGGCACAAUGACCUUAGAGCUUGGAGGAACAGUCAACAUCACCUGUGAGAAAACUGGCUACAGUGCAACAAUUGAAUUCAAACUCAAGCCUUUUUUGGGUAACAACGACAGUGUUAACCAAAUAUCAGGGAAAAUUAAGCUUGGCAAAGAAGUUCUGGCUCUUUUAGAGGGUCACUGGGACAGUGAAGUUACUAUUACUGACAAGAAGACAGGUGUUUCAGAGACAUUCUGGAACCCAACAUCUGAUAUCAAGCAGCGCAGAUUACCUAGAUACACAGUGAAGUUUGAAGAGCAAGAUGACUUUGAGUCAGAGAAGCUUUGGCAACAAGUGACAAGAGCAAUAAAUAAUAAAGACCAAACAGAAGCUACUCAGGAGAAAUAUGUUCUGGAAGAAGCUCAAAGAAAGAGUGCCAAAGAGAGAAAACUUAAGGGUGAAGAGUGGACGUGCAAGCUGUUUGAUCAGGAUUCAGUCACGGGAGAAUGGCACUACAAAUACGCUGAUACCAGACCAUGGGACCCUUUGAAUGAUAUGAUCCAGUUUGAAAAAGAUGGCACAAUCCAAACAAAAGUUCGACAUCGGACACCAAUGGUUACUGUUCCAAAAAUUAAACGAAAGCCAGCCAGUCAGAAGAAAGGAGAGUGUGGUUUCUCAUCCCCAGAGCCUGAUAACCAGGAUUCCUCUGGGAGUGAAGCACAACUUCUGAAGCAUAAUACAAGAAUAAGGAAAAAAGGGGCAGACCUUGGUGAACUGCAGAGUGCCAUUGAAUCUAUAAAGGAAACACAAGAAGACAUUAAGAGGGACAUUAUGGCUCUACGAAAUAGAGUCUCUUCUAAUUCACCACCCGUGGACUACCAUUUCCUGCAGUUUAAGCACUAUGUCUUCAUUUUACUCUUGGUUCUACUACAGCUUGUCAUUAAUUUCUUGUUCAAAUAGGAAGUGUGAACAAAGGCCUUCUCAAACUGGAACGAUCAAACUGUUACUGGGGACCAUAUUUUAAACUGGACUUUAAAUGAUGCAAUAUUAUCUAAAAGAACCGUGUAGCAACAACUCACAGAACUUUGCGUCAGCGUUCAUGGUUCAGAAUCAUACUCCUGUCUACCCAGUUGAAGUAAGAAUUGUGUAAGUGCCAGUACACUCUUGCUCCUGGUGUGUGCCUCUGUCUCGUAGUCAUACGACAUCAGCCUUGCGUUUAUAUUACAUCAUACACUGUACUGAUCAAUCUUCACCACAGAAUAGAUGAAGUUAAAAACUCAGAGGUCAGACCUUGUAGGUAGGAUGUGAUUACUAUUAUGGUAGAAUGAUAAA